AUUUGCUCUAUCUCUUGGUAUGGAGACAGAGUGAAUCAACCUACCUUCCAUCAGCCAUCCAGCCUCGAUUCUCUCGGUUGCUCUCUAUUUAGCCAUGGAAACCAAAACAUCAAACCCGUUGUCAUUGAAGGUGCUCUUCGGCCAUCAUCUGAGCGAGAACGACGCAAGUCUCCUCCGUCAAUGUCUUGAACUCAUCACGCGGUAUUCUGGUCCAGGCUUUUCUGUCGUCGACAGUAUAAACAAAAGCAGCCAUGAAGCCUCUACAGAUAAUGAUCUCAUCAACCUAUCAACAACCACCAACCCACUCUCAGGCCUACAAACCAUAACCAAUAUGCUCUCAGAAAUCGGACAAUCCAAACUCUCCGACGCCCUAGACCACGUACUCUACCUCUGCACCGAAGACCGCGAGCUCGGAGGCCAAGGUCUCAGUCCUACACGUCCGCUUACAGACGCCUAUUGUGAGAAAGUACUGUCUCUGGUUGAUUCGUGGCUAUACGCUAGUACCCAUGAGCAGGUUUCUGGUAUAGAGUUGAGUACUGCUGAGAAGCGCCGGCCUAUGACACUUUCGGAGAAGAUUUUUAUGCACCAUAUGCUUCCGGGAAACAGGCACGCUGGGCUCAAGGCUGGGGAUGUGGUACCGGUGUCUGUGGAUUGGGUUCUUGCGUCGGAGGUAUCUUGGAAGGGCAUGAUGAAAACAAUCAACGAAGUCGGUGCCACGCAGAUCUGGCGUAACGACCGGUUCUGGUUAGCCGCAGAUCACAUCGUCGAUCCAAGAAUUGAACAUCUUCCGAAGGUUAAGGCACUGGUUGAUAAGUCAGAGAAAGCGCAGAGGGAUUUUAAAUUGACGGAUUAUAAGGGAAAGAAUUACACCAUCCUCCACACUGAAUUCGUUCGGGAAAGAGCCCAACCCGGAAUGCUCCUAGUCGGCUCCGACUCACACACCUGCUCUUCCGGGGCCGUGGGUUGCCUUGGAAUCGGACUAGGGGCUGCAGAUGUAGCAAUGUCACUGCUUACUGGAGCUUCAUGGUUCAAGAUUCCAGAGUCGAUCAGGAUUGAUAUAGUAGGGAAGCCAGGGUUUGGUAUUGGAGGGAAGGAUGUUAUUCUUCAUAUACUCGGACAGUUGAAGCGGAAUACUGUUGCUGCGGAUAGGAUUGUGGAGUUUGGGGGGCCGGGUGUGAAGUAUCUUUCGUGUGAUGAUCGGUUUUCUAUUUGUAAUAUGUGCACGGAAUUCGGCGCUAUAACAGGAGUCUUCAUACCAGACCCAGUCGUGCAAAACUAUAUCAACCGUCGAAAACGAACCGUCUACAAGUCCUCACCACUAUAUUUCCACCCCGACGACAACGCCCAAUACGCAGAAACCUUCACCAUCAACCUCACACACGUCCAACCCUACAUCGCCCUCUACCCCUCCCCCGAUAACAUCAUCCCAGUCAAAGACUGUUCCCCAAUAGCCUUCGACGGCGUCUUCAUCGGAGCCUGCACCACAACCGAAGAAGACCUGAUCCUAGGCGGACUUGUCCUACAAGUCGGAUUACAGCAAAGCCUACCAUUGAAAAAGGGAAAGAGGCAUGUAGUGUUUGGCUCCCUUCCAAUAGCUAAACGGUUGCGGGAAUUGGGUAUCACGGAGAUUUAUCAGGAUGCUGGGUUUUGGGAGUCUGCUCCGGGAUGCAGUUUUUGUGUUGGAAUGGGGGCUGAUCAGGCGGGUGUGGGGGAGACGUGGCUUUCGUCACAGAAUCGGAAUUUUAAAAAUCGGAUGGGCAGGGGAUCGUUUGGCAACCUCAGCUCCGCAGCUGUUGUUGCAGCAUCGAAUUUCUCAAUGUCACUAGUCGACCCAUCGCCUUUUCUCGUGAAAGUGGACAGAAGCUUAUAUAAAGCCUUAACGCGGAAAAAUACCGUUUCAAGACAGACUGACACGGUUGUAUAUGUCGAGCCCAGCGUUCCGAGGCCGCAACCCAGUCAGCAGUCCGUAAAAGCAGAUUUUGGCGUGGACCAGCAGACGCCUGGUAAUCACACAUGGAUAAUCUCGAGCAAAAUCCAAACCCUCGGGGAUUUUAUCGACACUGACGCACUAGCACCAGCCGAAUACCUCGUCGAAUGCGAAACAGACGAAGCCCUAGGCCAGCACUGCAUGGAACACACGUUCCCUGCGUUCCGAAGUUCCGUCAAAGCAGGUCGCCAAGUCAUCGUGGCAGGUGAGAGCUUUGGAUGUGGGUCGUCUCGUGAGGAGGCGCCUAGGGCUCUUAUUGGCCUCGGAGUAAAAUGCGUAAUCGCCAAGUCCUUCGCCUUCAUAUACGGCCGCAAUCAGCCUACCCUAGGGCUUCUAGGGAUUACGAUACAGGAUGAUGCGUUCUACGAGAGUGCAACGGAUGGCACCGAGAUCAUAAUUGACGUCUACUCCCGGGAAAUCACCAUCGGAGAACAGAAGUGGAGCUUCGAGCUCGAUAAUCUAGAAAUUAAAAUGCUGCAGAACAAGGGUCUGGCGGAGGCUUAUAAGAAGUUUGGGAAGGGUGUGUUUGAUAGUUUGUGUGAGGUGGACGCACGUACGGGAGGGUCGUCGAUGGAAGCUAAGUCUAUUGAUCCCUCGCUGGAAUGGUGAUUAUGUACUUUUCUCAAAGCAUCAGAGGACAUCAGUAAUUCCAGGUUCCAUUACGUUCUCUAAUAUGCUUCAAUUGAACCUUGCU